AUGAUCUUCACCUUUUCCAUCUUGCGAAAACAUCCAAACCAUUGUCUAAAAUUGAUACCCACUUCAGUCCAAACUACCCCUCGAUUUAAACCCCACCACUUCAAUUCUUUUCGCACAUUUACAACCACAUUAUACAAGAUGGCGGCGACAGAUUCGUCCUCAAACUUCAUUUCCGAGAAGCUCAAGUCUUUGAGUGUCUCGGAUCUCCCAAAAUUCCCUAAUUGUCACCCUGAUGUCAACGUUGUCGAUAUCUACCGAGCUCACAUUACUUCUACCUUGACUGAGAUUACUGGUGUAGAAUCUACCAUCAUCUACCGUGCAUUAGCAUGGACGAAUACUUUAGACAAGGGUGACAUAGUCUUACCUGUGCCAGCUUUGCGAGUCAAGGGAAAAAAGCCCAACGAGUUGGCAGAGGAAUGGGCGGCCAAGUAUCCUGAAUCUCCUCUCGUUCACAAACCUACCACCAAUGGCGUCUACCUGCAAUUCUUCUUCAAAGCCGACAAACUUAAUGAACUUCUCAUUCCUACCAUUAUCCGACAAGGGUCGAACUUUGGAGAAAACAAAUAUCUUGGUCUCGUGGAUCCAGAAGAUCCAUCAAAAGGACAAAAGAAGAUAGUCAUUGAAUUCUCGUCCCCGAACAUUGCAAAGCCUUUCCAUGCAGGUCAUCUUCGAAGUACCAUCAUUGGAGGUUUCUUGUCGAAUCUUUACGCAGCAGUAGGAUGGAACGUUACUCGAGUCAACUACCUUGGAGAUUGGGGCAAACAAUACGGAUUGUUGGCUUUGGGCUUUGACAGAUAUGGAGAUGAAGAAGCUUUAAAGGCAGAUCCAAUCAACCAUCUUUUCCAAAUCUACGUCAAAAUCAACCAAGAUGUCAAAGCCGAGGCUGAUAAGAUGGCAGCAUUAGAGGCAGAAGGAAAAACAGAUGAAGCAUUGCAUAUCAAGAAUGAGGGACUAGAUGAACAAGCUCGUCGAUAUUUCAAAGCAAUGACGGAGAAUGAUGAAAACGCAAUUGCGCAAUGGGCUCGAUUCCGUGAACUCAGUAUUAAGAGAUAUAGGGAGACAUAUGCACGAUUAAAUAUUCAUUUCGAUGAUUAUUCAGGAGAAUCCCAAGUUAAAGCAGAAGUAAUGGAGGAGACCGGAAAGAAAAUGGAGGAAAUGAAGAUUGCUGAAGAAUCGCAAGGUGCUAUGAUUGUUGAUUUCACCAAACACGUUCCAGGAAAGAUUGGCAAAGGUCUUGGAAAAGCAAUUGUCAAAAGAAGGGAUGGCACAGCACUUUAUCUUACUCGAGACAUCAGUGAACUGUUGCAACGAAAAGAAAAGUAUGACUUUGAUCAGAUGAUUUAUGUUGUUGCAACUGAUCAAGAGUUGCAUUUACAACAAUUAUUCAAGAUUAUUGAGCUUUUGGGUUACAAAGAACUUCGGGAUAAGUGUCAACAUAUCAACUUUGGUUUGGUACAUGGCAUGAGUACUCGUCGCGGUACUGUCAAAUUUUUGGAUGACAUCUUAAGAGAUGUUGCUGAAAAGAUGCAUGAAGUUAUGCAAAAGAAUGAAGCUAAAUAUGAACAAAUUGCCGAUCCAUUGGCUACUUCCGAUAUUCUUGGUAUUAGUUCUGUCAUGGUACAAGAUAUGAGUGGUAAACGUGUUAACGGUUAUACCUUCAACAUGGAUACCAUGACAUCAUUCGAAGGUGAUACUGGUCCAUAUCUUCAAUACGCCCACGCUCGUCUUUGCUCCAUCACCCGCAAAGCAGCACUUACCGCAGAAGAAAUCGCUUCAGCUGAUCUAUCACUUCUCACUGAAAUCCACGCUCAAAACCUCAUCAGAACUCUAUCACAAUACCCAGAUGUCGUUCAAAACACGGUCAAGACCUUGGAACCAACAACUAUUUUGACAUAUCUAUUCAAGAUGACUCACGUACUCAGCAGUAGUUACGAUCAUCUUAGAAUUAUGGGUAGUGAGAAAGAAGUCAUGAAGGCUAGAAUGGCACUUUAUGAUGCUGCUAGAGUGGUUCUUUAUAAUGGCAUGAGAAUUUUGGGAUUGAGUCCUGUAGAGAGAAUGUAG